AAGAAAUUGGUUUGCUCCAGUAUCAGCUGUUGAUGGUUGUGCGUAUUGAUGAUGCUUUUGAAGUUGAUUACCGCUUGUUUUGAUUCGUUUCAAUCACGCAGCAUUAGCCAUGGAAGUAGAAUUUUUAGAGGUGAAUAUGUGCGUUGUGUGCUUGAAUGAAAAGUGCGAUUUAAUAGCAAUCAGUUUUGAUGAUCAACUAGAUCCUAAUAUUGGGCCUGUUCUUGUAAAGCAUUUAUGGUUCCAGUUGGUUGACCUCCAUUAUAAAUGUAUUUGCGAAGAGUGUUGGAUGCAAGUAAAGCAAUUUCAUGAUUUCUAUACCGCGAUAGAAAAGACUCAUAAUGGAACAACCGUACAAAAUACUGAUCUCGUUAUUAACGUUGAUUUAGAUAAUAUUCCUUUGAAAUCAACCCAAAAUAAAUAUGAUUGUUGCAUCGUUCAAAAUAAUGAGAAACAAAUCGAACCUAACCAGCAGUUUGAUGUUGAAAUUACCGAGGAAAUCGUGAAUGAUAGUUCCGAUAUCGAUUCGAUCUUAGAUGAACUGGGAGAUACUUCACCAGGAAAAAAUCAGAAAAACAGUAAUAAGAAAAUUGAAUCUAAUUGUUCUAAUAGAAUUGAACGAAUUUACCACAAACCAAUCGAAGAAAUUGAAUCAGAGGACAAAAAAAUCCUCGAACAUUGUGAACUGCACUGUGAGAAAUGCCAAACCGCUUUCAUAAAUUUUGGAGAAUUCAAACGACAUUUUAGAGAAGUUCACCAAACGAGAGCGCAGGUGAUAUGCUGCGAUAGAAAAUUCAGCAAACGGUUUCGCCUUGUAGAGCACGUCAUAAGGCACAAGGAUCCGAAUGCGUUCAAAUGCUCAAUUUGUAGUAAAUCCUAUUCGAACAGUGCUGGCCUAAGUCUGCAUAUGAUAAAACAUGAUUCCCCCGAAUCGUUUGUGCAUAAAUGCGAUAAGUGCAACCGUUCGUUCGCAAAAAAGUUUCAGCUUAACGCACACCAAAUUCAUCACAUGGCGAAGGAAGAUAAGAAAUACAUUUGCACAGCUUGUGGUCAAGCGUAUGCUAGUGCGAGUCUUUUAAACGUUCACAUAAGGCUUAGACAUCAACCAGUCGAGGAGUAUAUUUGCGACAUUUGUGCCAAGAAUUUCAAAGUAAAGGCACAAUUUGAGAAACACCGAAAAGAACAUGAUAAUACUUAUAAAGAAACUAGACUGCAGUGUUCAGUUUGUUCGAAAUGGAUGAAGAAUGCCAGCAGCUUACGAAAACACGUUUUGCGGCAUGCUGGUGAAGGUGGUACACACGAAUGUAACAUUUGUGGAAAGCAAGCUCCUAACGUACUCGCUUUGCAAAGCCACAUUAGCUUUGUUCACAAAAAAGAAAAAGUGUACUCUUGUAAUCUUUGUCCAAAAUCAUUUAAAAGACAUUUUUCUUUGAUGGAACAUAUGACCACUCACACGGGUGAGGUUUUGUAUCAGUGCCCUUUCUGCGUGAAAACCUUCAACUCGUCCGCAAACAUGCAUGCCCACAAGAAAAAAGUACACCGCCGAGAAUGGGAAGAUUGGAAACGGAAAAGUGAACUUCCCUUCGUUGGGAACACCGACUCGAAUCUUCGUUGCAAACCAAACAGCUGACAAUAUAAAAUUUACUAGUUUUAAAUUUUUAUAUUAUGAAAAGUUUAUAAAUAUAAUUCAUUAUACGAGUCCCAUUUAUUACACUCAA